UACUGGCUUGCUGGACUUUUCUUCUUCACCUUCCACUUGGCCCUCAGCAGCAAGUGUUGCAGCUCUUUUAUUGAAAGUUCUCUGCGUAUGGGACUGAAACAACUUAUCUAAAUGAAUUAUUUUUGCUGUAAGAAUAACAGUAACAUUCCACAUUGAUUUUGAAACGCUUACAUUGGAAAUUCAGUUUAAAGUGGAAGACUAAGAGGGAAUGAAGAGAAGCAGAAAUGAAUUCUGGAUCUAGAUAUGAAAGGAAGGAAGCUUACCAUACUCGCCAGAGAAGUGCCUCCCCAGAAGACAGGGAUACGUUCAUGGAGCGUAGGAGGUCUCCAUCACCCCAAAGCAAAGGCCAUUUGGAACACAGAAGAUCUGACAGAGAAUAUUCGGGAAGGGGGCAUUACGAUGACAGAUACCCAGAACCAAGAGGGAGAGAAAGACAGGAGAGAGAGAGAGAAUCUGAUUGGAAGAAGCACAGGAAGUCCCGGUCACCUGAUAGGAAAAACGAUAUGGAGAAAUCCGGAGUACCGAGCUCUCUUUCACGUGAGGAGCCCCCUCCAAAGAAAAAGAAAGAGGAGGUGGAUCCAAUCCUUACCCGUACUGGCGGGGCAUACAUUCCUCCAGCAAAGCUCAGGAUGAUGCAGGCACAAAUCACUGAUAAAAAUAGCUUAGCCUAUCAGAGAAUGAGCUGGGAAGCCCUGAAGAAGUCCAUCAACGGUCUCAUCAACAAAGUGAACGUUUCAAACAUUGGAAAUAUUAUAAGUGAACUUCUUCAAGAAAACAUUGUGAGAGGCAGGGGAUUACUAGCAAGAUCAAUUUUGCAGGCCCAGAGUGCUUCCCCCAUCUUCACUCAUGUAUACGCGGCAGUUGUAGCAAUCAUCAAUUCCAAGUUUCCAAAUAUUGGGGAAUUGAUUCUCAAGAGGCUCAUUUUAAAUUUUCGCAAAGGAUACCGAAGAAAUGAUAAGCAACAGUGCUUGACAGCUUCCAAGUUUGUGGCACAUCUUAUGAAUCAGAAUGUGGCUCACGAGGUUUUAUGUUUGGAAAUGCUCACGUUGCUCCUGGAAAGACCUACAGAUGACAGCAUUGAAGUAUCAAUUGGAUUUCUAAAGGAUUGUGGCCUCAAGUUAACAGAAGUGUCCCCUAGAGGUAUUAACGCCAUCUUUGACCGCCUUCGCCAUGUCCUUCAUGAAUCCGAAACUGACAAGCGUGUCCAAUACAUGAUUGAAGUCAUGUUUGCCGUGCGCAAAGAUGGAUUCAAAGAUCACCCAGUAAUUCCAGAGGGACUUGAUCUUGUGGAGGAGGAGGAUCAAUUUACCCACAUGUUACCUUUGGAAGAUGAAUAUAAUCCCGAUGACAUUCUCAACGUCUUCAAAAUGGACCCUGAAUUUAUGGACAACGAAGAGAAAUACAAAACUCUGAAAAAAGAAAUCCUUGAUGAAGGUGACAGUGACUCAGAAGCUGAUCAGGAUGCUGGUAGUAGUGAAGAGGAGGAUGAGGAAGAAAGAGAGGAGGAAGAGGAGGAUGAAGAAGGACAAAAGGUUACCAUCCAUGACAAAACGGAAAUUAACUUGGUUUCUUUCCGGCGAACUAUUUACCUUGCAAUUCAGUCAAGUUUAGAUUUUGAGGAAUGUGCCCAUAAAUUGCUGAAGAUGGAUUUUCCUGACAGCCAAACAAAAGAACUAUGCAACAUGAUACUUGAUUGUUGUGCUCAGCAAAGAACAUAUGAAAAAUUCUUCGGUUUACUAGCUGGGCGCUUCUGUAUGUUGAAAAAAGAAUACAUGGAGUCCUUUGAAGCAAUUUUCAAAGAGCAGUAUGAUACUAUACAUCGGUUGGAAACGAACAAGUUGAGGAACGUUGCCAAGAUGUUUGCUCAUCUUUUAUACACAGAUUCGCUUCCAUGGAGUGUCCUUGAAUGCAUAUCUCUCAGUGAAGAAACUACAACAUCAUCCAGUAGAAUUUUUGUUAAAAUAUUCUUCCAAGAGCUUAGUGAAUAUAUGGGACUUCCUAAUCUUAAUGCAAGGUUGAAAGAUGAAACCCUGCUACCGUUCUUUGAAGGAUUAUUACCACGUGAUAAUCCAAGAAAUACUAGAUUUGCAAUCAAUUUCUUCACUUCAAUUGGCCUUGGAGGACUGACUGAUGAACUACGGGAGCACCUGAAAAAUGCACCAAAAAUAAUAAUGACGCAGAAGCAGGAUGUGGAGUCAUCUGAUUCCUCUUCAGAAUCAGAUACAUCCGAUUCGGAGGAGGAUUCCAGCAGCAGUGAGAGCUCAGGAUCCUCUAGUGGGAAUGAAUCCAAUUCUGACAGUAUAGACAGCAGCGGCUCAGAUAAGAAAAAGUCUCAAAAGAAGAAAAAUCCGGAUAAAGGUACCCAGAGAAAACAAGAGAAUAAGAAGAAGAAACUCGAAAAGGAGAAAGAAGGGAGGCGGCUUGAGAGGGAAAACGGUGCUGCAAGAAACUCGGAGAGGAAUGCUGACGAAAGCCCUAGUAGAAAAGACGAAACAUAUUAUGAUAGAGAUUAUUCCAGCGAUAGAAAUAAUUCCCGGAGUGGAAAGGAGAGGAAUCGAGAAAAAAAUGUACUUUUAGACAGCAAAACCGGCCAUUCUAAAAAGAGAAAAGAAAGAAGACCUCCUUUUUCUGAGGAUGAAGAGAGGGACAGGCACCAUAGAGGGGACAGCAAGCUCCAGAGAGGGAAGAAGGACAGGUCUAAGUCCAGAGAGAGGCCUCACCAUUAUCCCAGUCCCGGAGAGUCUGAGGAAAACAGCCAAUAUUCAAACCAGUAUAAAGAUAUAAGGAAAGACGAAAGCAGGAGAAGGCAUAGAAAUGCUUCCCCAUCCAGGCACAAAUGAAUCAAGAAGAGUUUUCAAUAUCGCCUUGCCAUUUGAACUGUCUUUUUACAACUUGCUACACAUUUUUUUUAAAGAGAAACCCUUUGUACAAAAUACUUCCAAAUAAUAAUGACUCUUCGAAUCACUGUUAAUUAUUGGAGCUUUCCGCUAAAGCUGCUGCUUAAAAGACUUUGAAUCCAAGAGGAAUCGAAGCCCUGUUAUUUUGCCAGUAAAACAGUUAAAAGUUGCUUUUCACUGGGAUAGUAGUAUGCUGUAAAUAUUUCUCCUUUAAAUUUUAUUUGUGUUCUCUGGAAAUGCUAAACAUUCCUUCCUUUUCAGUUUUGAAUGUUAGAUUUCAGUAUAUAUUAAAGUAUCAUUUCAGAAAUAACA